GCACUAGAGCUGUAAGGAUGGCUGCAAUCGUCAGGAGGAUCAUCAGCACUGCCAAGGCUCCUGCCGCUAUCGGACCCUACAGCCAAGCUGUGGUGGUGGAUAAGACCAUGUAUGUGUCUGGGCAGUUGGGCAUGGACCCGUCAAGUGGACAGCUUGUGGCGGGCGGAGUCAAGAAUGAAGCCAAACAAGCUUUGGUGAACAUGGGAGAGAUCCUGAAAGCUGCAGGGUGUGAUUAUAGCAAUGUCGUGAAAACAACGGUUUUAUUGGCUGACAUCAAUGACUUUAAUGAUGUUAAUGAAAUCUACAAGCAAUUUUUCCAAACCAAUUUCCCAGCAAGAGCAGCGUAUCAAGUUGCUGCACUGCCACGGGGAGGAAAAGUGGAGAUUGAAGCCAUCGCAGUUCUGGGACCGAUAACAGAAAUUUCCCCAGCAUUAUAAGUGACUCCUGCUGCUUUCUUCUGGUUAUUCCAUAACUAUUAGUAGAAACUCAUUUUUCUCUACAUUUUCUAAUUGUCUAAAUGUUACUGUGCACCAGCCUUAUAUUGCCGAGAGAUGUUUUCUGAUUCUGUAGGGCACCACUAAGGGCAUUUUGCGACUACUACUGUCUUAAUGGUAAAAUAAAACUGUUAUCUAUGCU